UUAUCGUCGACAAACAAGGGUCCUUCCAGUCCUUUCUGCUCAUCCUACAGUUAUUGACAUUUCGUUCACUUAUUCUGACAGCUUUAAGACGCCCCAGGGGUGACACUUGGUAGAGUGAAUGCUUCGGCUAAUAUAGCAACUGAGAAUCAUCCUUCACCUAUGUCUACAAACUCCUCUCGUCCUCAGGAUAGUUCUAUCCUGGGCGAGUCUUGGGUAGUGGCAUCGUCGUCCCCCGACAAGGAAGACCGGCCGAGUAAGGACCGGCCGUCUGAAAGCUCAAGUCAAAGCCGUCACCUAAACAAAGAGACUGGCCGUCAUGAAUGUAACAAUGGAUCCGACUCAAUGACUACAUCGGCCUCUUCCAUAUCAGGACCCGAACUCAUUAUGCCCUCAAUCUACGAGACACCUAUCACUGAAGGUUCCUGGGUUGCGCCAGCUGUGCGAUCCAAAUCCAAGACCGCACAUUCUCUUAGGCGCAGACAUAACGCAGCGCGCGAAAGCACACCCCGAGGAAAGAAACAUGACCUAGAUAUGUCCAAGGACGGUGGCUCUUCUGAGCAAGGGCCGAACUCUAGUCAGGUAGAUGAGAAGCUCGCUCGUCCAAAGUCAGCAUCAAGGUCUAAAACGUUGGAAACGCUGAUUCGAACCAUAAUAAACGUGCUACUUGUUGUGGCCAUUUCGCAUUUGCUCAUCAUCCCCGAAGUAGUCCAGCAGUAUCAAACUCUCUGCACGAUAGAAACUAUUUCCACUCUAUACCCGGCCAGUUGUAUUCCACCCUACCCCCAGCCUCAGCCCAACCGUCACCGUGCAUCCCGCUCCGACACCCUCGUAUCCUCACAGAUACGGCUAGAAGCCCUAUUCAACACGACUCUGCAUGCAAUGACCCCACUAUCGGACACACUGAAACAAAGCGAAUCGAGGCUCCGCGACAUCGAGACGGCGCUAAAGAAGGCGUACCCGGGCAUGAAACACGAGCUCGACCUCGAAUUUAGCGGCUGCUGGGAAGCCACCAGAGCCGCCACCAAGAAAUUCGAUUCCCUCAAAGUUGAUAUCCGUUCUGCGGUCGAUAAUUUAAUCGCAACCAGCGGGGCUACGGCAGGUGACGCCCAAUCCGCCGCUCAGGGCACCCGCCUAUCGACGCAGAUGUCGUGGCGUGAACAGUAUCUGGAUCAGCUAACUGCCCGCAUGCAGAACAAGGCUGACUCUUUGUCGAACGAUCUCGCCACGCUAGAUGACCACCUGGAAUCUAUUGGCAGCAUCUUGGUUCGGGAAAUGAAACAAUCACCGACAUCUCUAGGUACAACAGACUCCGCUGCGGAAUCUCCUGGCGGUGGACUCCGGGCAUUUGUUGACAAAUUGCCUUCGUUUUUCCGCCAAACAGCGGACGGAGACAGCCCAACUCGUCCGGAUUUGUCGAUAUCUGAGCUCUUCCGGGACGCUGCGGAGCAGCAUCGGCCCGUCGUUGAUGCUGUGCGACGAUUGUCCUCAGAGUUGCAAACCUUGCAGAAGAAGAGGGCAUACUGAUUGAUGUGCCUACUGUUAUGUUCAUGUGAUGUGUCUGAUUGAAGAAACGAUACCCGAUUAGGUGGGAGCUUGGGAGUUUGGAUAGGAUUCAGGAUACGAGUCAUGAUUCGGUUGCUUGCUGUCUGUUUGUUUACAUUGCUUGUUUAUUUGGUGUUCAUGAUUUGAUGAUUGGAAGCAAGGGAAGUAACAGUGUCCGAUCCCAUGUUAAUGUUAUCUUCUAUCUUCGAAAGAGAAACAUUCAGUCAACGGAAAGGUGGCAGAUACGGUUACUUGCAUAGAACAGCUUGAACUGAUUUUGAAAU